AUGAAAUCCAGCCCGGAACUUAGAGUUCGGCGCCCGAGUCAGCAGGAGAACGGCUGGAGGGCGUUUUGCCUCUUCGCCAGGCUGAUGUGUUCCUACGGGACUGCUGACCUUUGCAUCGGCUGCCCGGGCUGGGAGUUCGACAGAGCGCCAAACCGGCCUGUGCUGAUGUCAUGCGUCAACAUCUUCGGCUUUAAGUCCCUUGAGCCGAAUGAAGCGCUCUUCAACAAACGCCGUGAGGAGCUGAUGGCCUGGAAAAGCACACACGAAGAGUUCGAUGAAUCCGAGCUGGGGCGAAGCGGCAUCGACCUCCUUCCGAAUCCGUUGAGCAUGCCAGUGGCGGUUCGCGCCAGCUUCGACACCCGCCAGGUGGUGGCCCAGAGGCAGGGCGUGGAGGUGCUCUGUGAGCUGCUGUCCGGCGGCUCCGAGGACACGACAUCAAGACAUGAAGAUGCGACAGAGAAGCGACAGACAUGCGGUCACGACACGUGA